AUGCCGCCAGCAGUCAGCAAAGAAGCCGGUCAGCCUGGGUACCUCAUCGACCGUAGGUACAGGGACCGCGACCCCGAUUAUGUGAGAAAGCUCCACCUCUAUCGUCAGCGCAAUGCAACCUCCCUCCUCUACUACCGCCUUGGAAAACAAAGGCUGUGGGAAGAGGAGUGCGAUAAACCUGAGCUAUGGAGAAACUACGACCUUCCCCUGCCGGGCAAGGCUCCCGGCCACGAAAAUGACAAGAACAAAAACUCAAUGAUAAACAUUCGGAGUCUUCCCAAGUUUGACCUGGGAGACAAAGGUGUGUCCAAUUCACCCGAGGAGAUCCAGAAGGAGCUCGAAAACAUUCCCUUGUACAUCGUCUCUCCACAGGCGCAAAUUGGCUUCAAAAAGUUCCUUGGAUUUGGUGGGAACGGGCUCGCUGCCAUGUACACGAUCCAGGACUUGAAGGGCCGGACCAAAGACGUGGUCUUCAAGUACGCGUUGAAUGCUAUGUCGGGCAACGAGCUGGAAAAUGAGAAGCAGAUGCACCGAUAUCUGGCACGGGCACGACAUAUCACACAAAGGGUUUACUUGCGCCCUCCGGAAAGAAAGAAAAACACGGCACCAUUACCAGGUGUUGAUCCGCGGGUCGUGGCUGGAGGACUCGUAUCAAAGGCUGGAGGACUCGUGUCGAAAGCUGGACCAUCGAGAAGGACCAUCACACCGACACCUUCCCCACCACCGACGCCGCCCCCGGACGAUGAUCCGGAUGGCAGCACCGAUACAGACGAUGGCACGGGGGCUAAAGGCUAUCCUGUACAGUCCUUUCAUCACUGGAACUAUCCUCAGGACAGGACGGUCGAGAGGAGCGACAUUGGGAAAGUGGACGACAAUGGUCCGACUCUUAUCCUGGAAAUGAUGCGGAGGGGCGGUCUCGAAAGCUGGAUUGGCCGGAUGAGCCUGCUCGGACAAGCGUUACCAGAAAAGGUACUAUGGCUGAUAUUCGACUGCUUGUUGAAGGCCGCUCUCGCUCUGGCCUACCCCCCACGGUUCCAAGAGGAGCUAUAUAAUAGCACUCAUCGCCACCUGGGAAAGUAUCCCAUCAACGAAAUCCUCCCCCCCAGCGAGUACCAAAUGAGCCCAGACUUGGUUCAUUUCGACCUCGAUGCGACAAAUCUGUUUGUUGGCGACUUUGCGGACAAUGACUCGGAUAUCACUCACACGAUGAUGCCCAUCAUAAAGCUCGCAGACUUUGGAAUGACAACUUUCAUGAGGAAUGCAAUGCGGAACGAUCCCAAGCUGAUGCACAUAUCCCGGCCGAGAGGUAAAUAUUGGUUGGGAUGGCUGUUGCCAGAGCAGUUUACCGAGGAGUGGGACUACAUCACGGGACUCCUACCCGCUGAAGAAACAGACCCGGAAAAGAAGUCUAGCAUUGCCGGCAAAUACUCGUACAAAACCAACCUCUAUCAUGUUGGACUGGUUAUGUGGGGGCUGAUAACACUCCGCAAACUGCCCUUUUAUCCAGUACCAUAUGAGUGCUUUGAGAAGGAGGUCACCGAUCCGGAUACUGGCAACCCUGUUUUGGACCCCAAAACCGGUCAACCCAAAAUGAGGAAGCUCUGGGGCUAUGGUGGUUAUCUCCAAGGCAAAAUGUGGGACGGGAUCUAUGACCGUGUGCUGCUCGACCUCGUUGUCGCCUGCAUGCUAGAAGAGCCAGAACAACGACCAGCAUUUCACGAGUUAAAACAAGCGAUUGAUCGUGAGGUGAAGUCGGAAUGGGAAUGGCAGAGGAACGCCGAUGUGCGUAAGUGGUGCGAGCAGUUCUUUAACGAGCCAGCUGGCGAAGCGCCCGUUGUCCCCAUUGUCCCGGUUGCAAACCCGGCACCGGUUCCAGUACCUCCAGAACCUGAACCAGCAGCCGAGUCGGCUCAGCAACCGCAACAGCCUCCUCCGCCUCCACCACCACCACCUACUGCUCCUCCUGCUCCCCCGCCACCUCCGCCUGCUCCCGACCUGACAACCCCCCAAGCACCCCAACAACCCCAACAACUCCCCGCCAGCACACCCACCCGCCGCCCCGGGCGCCAAACAACCAGACUCGUCCGCCGCCACAACCCCAUAGACCCAACCCAACCACGCGCCAAACUCCUCCGCCGCAAACCCGAAACCCAAGGCGAAUCCUCCCGCACCCCCCAAGCCCACAUCCCCGCGCCCCCCCUCCCCUCAACAAACCCAAACCUCCCCUCCCCAGCCCCCCAGCAACCACCCCCCUCCUACAUCGCCGCCGCCGCCGCAGCAGCAGCAGCAACCGACGACGACGCCCCCCCUCCCCCCCCAGUCUUCCACUUCCAAAGCAACAUCCUCCCCCCAGGAGCAGUCAUCGCCCCCCCUGCCCUUCCCCCAUCCACCCCUUCCCACCCAGGCCCUACCGACGACUAUAUCACCAAAGUCCUCACCCCAAAAGUAGCAGGCCUCCACCUCACCCCUGUCCCGCCCUCCACCCCUGCCCCGUUGCAGCCAGCAGCAAGGAGAACUACCCGACGGGUCCUCACACCGGUUGGUCCCAGACGGAGACAGAGGUACGAGCUUGUAGUUCCACCUCAGCAAGCAUUAUACACCCCCGACCAGGACAGUUUGGAUGGGUUGAGGACGGUAAUGAGUCAGAUGAGGCUGGGGACUCCGGAGAAGAAGUCUACGAAGAACAAACAGCCGGUGGAUUGGUUCAAGGAUGGGGGAAAGGGGCCGCCGCUGGGGCCGUCGGCGCAGGCUCGGUGGGCUGCGCCUGGGGGGGUGCGGAGGCGGUGGGAGAGAGAGGGGGCGGUGGUUGUUACUGAUGAGAGGAGGGGUGGUGGUGGUGGUGUUGGUCGGUCUCCGCCUCCCGGUGGUGGUGUUGCUGGUGGUGCGCAGUCUGGUGUUGUUGCUGCGAUGGCUGAUGCGGUUGUCGGUCGUCCGCGGGUGAGGAGGCCGGCGAUUAUCGCGAGGAUCAGGAGGAGAGGGUCUAGUGGUGGUGGUGGUGCUGAUGGUGCUGGGCGUACUGGUGGCGUGAUGUGA